AUGACUAAUUUUCUAAAAAAUCAAAAAUUUUUUUAGGAAGAUAAAACCUUCAGCUUAUCUAAAUCAAUUAAAAAAGAAAAAAGAAGAAAUUAAUAUACGAUAGAGUUCAAAUUUGGUAGCAAUAUAGAUGUUUCUAAGCUUAAGUAAAUUAUUCAAGUUAAUCAAUAAAUACCUGCUUACAUCCCUAUAGAUAUAACUUUUAGACUUGAAUCAGAUAUUUUAAUUCCAUUUUAAUGGGAUGCCAGUCUCUAAUUAGGUGCUUUAGCUAUAGAUCCUAUUUCUUAUAAUUAUAGAAUAGUAAAGUAUGAUAAACAAUAGAAUAACUAUAUAUUUUAUUUCGAGCCAAUUGAUAGGCCUUUUACUCCUCUUUAAGUUGUAAAAAAUACUUUGGAGAAAUAUCAUCCAUCUUUAGGAGAACAAUUUGAGUUAUUUCAUUAUAAAUUACUAUGUAAAGAUUAAAUCACCGUUGCUACUGAGUAAGAAAUUUAAGAAUAUGAAAACAGCAUAAAAAAUUCUUUUGCAGUUUACAUUUAAAAGAAAUAGAAAGGCAGAAUAACAACUUUAAUAAAGUCCAUUAAUUGUUAAUACUUGUAAUUAAUGGGAAUAAAUGAAGAAAUAUUGCAGGAUUAUUUAAAUUAGACAGGACUGUUGCCUUGGUGUUUUUCUAACGAUAAUUAAUAAUUUAUGAGUUUAAUUCGAGGAAUGUUCCAAGGUGCUUGUCAAUAGGUUAAUAGUUCUAUGUAAGCAAUAAAUUUUAAUGGAUAAAAAUUUGAAGUAAAAAUAACUCCUAAAAUAUUUCAUACAUAUAAUUAAGAGGAUGAUUCUUAUAUAUAAUUUAUGUUCUUUUAAUAAGAAUAUAAUUACUAAAUUAUGUCUUAAAAUUAAAUAGCUCAAAACAUGAGUGAGUAUUUUAAUUUAAAGCCUAAGAUCAUUAAAUAGGAUAUGAUAGAAGAUGAUAUAAGUAAAAGAUGUAAAUAUAGAAAAAUUUGA